AUGCACAUGUGCGCACAUGUGCACACGUCUCUCCCCUUACAGACUAACCUGGUCCUGAUCCGGCAGCAAGUGGAGCUAGUGGAAGCCCUGUUGGGGUUUGAGACCCGGAACCGGUACACAGUGCAGUCAGGGGAGGGGCCAACUAAUGGACUGGAGGUGCAGUGCCCUCCAGGGACCACCCUGGGGCACGUAGUUCAGACAUGGCACCCCAUGAUUCCCAAGUUCUCCGUGCUCACUGCUGACCGCGACCCUGUGCUGCGCAUCGUGGGGCCAUGCCUGGCCUGUGCCUGUGCGGGGGAUGUCCAUUUUGAGGUGAAGACAACCGACGAGUCACGAGGUGUGGGCCGCAUCAGCAAGCAGUGGGGGGGGCUUCUCCAGGAAGCCCUCACCGAUGUCAACACCUUUGGCGUCCAGUUCCCCCUGGAUUUGGAUGUCAAGGUCAAGGCCACGCUGUUGGGUGCCUGCUUCCUCAUCGACCUGAUGUUCUUUGAGAAGACGGCAGCUGGCCCCCAGCCAAGCUCUGUACUCAGCCCCUAGAGGCACCCAGAUCCCACCAAUGAGAUUCUUCGGAACUCAGUCGGGCCCAAGACGCUGCCUGCCAUUGGUUGCUAUCUUCCUUGCCCUGCCCCUUGCUGCAAAAGCAUCACCAAAGGGUCCCCUGGUGUCAUGACCCCCCCC